GCGUGUCUGUGAACAACAACCCAACAUCUUCAGUAAAUAUGAGUUGGGCCGUAGAAGAGUGGAAGGAUGGCCUUCCUGCAAAGGCCUUGCAAAAGAUCCAAGAAAUCGAAGCACAGCUUGACAAGUUAAAGAAGGAAAGACAACAGAAACAGUUCCAGAUGGAUUCCCUUGAAGCUACUUUACAGAAACAGAAACAAAAGAUGGAUAGUGAGAAGAGUGAAGCCUCUGCCCUGAAGAGAGAGAAUCAGUCUUUGGUAGAGUCUUGUGAACAUCUGGAAAAGGCCAGACAGAAACUUACACAUGACAUCCAAACAAAGGAGCAGCAGGUGAAUUAUCUGGAGGGACAACUCAACACUUUCAAGAAACAGGCUGAUCGACUUGAACAAGAGGUCAAAAAGUACAAACAUGAAUUGGAAAGGUCCCAAACUUCACAUGCUUCAGAAAUGCAACAGCUUUGUACACCGCAGAAAACAUUUGCAACUCCUGCAACGCCUAAUCACUGGCAACAGGACUGCAAAAUCACAGACCUACAGGAAAAGUACAAUCGAGAGGUUGAGGAACGUAAAAAACUAGAGGCUGAAAUUAAAGUCAUGCAUGUGAAACUUCUAAACCAGUCUUCGGUGAGCCAUAAAGACAUUGCAAGACAGCAGACAGGAUCCUCAAUAUUUCCAUGGCAGCAAGACCAAAAAAACAGUCAUCAGUCUCUACCUGUGAUGGAGACGCCCUCCAGGAGAAGAAAUGGAGCCUCUGGGAUGUCGUGGUCUUAUGAUGACACACCAAUAAAACCUCACCAGCAGCUCACAUCAGGCGCUCCGAGUGACACAGUAGGAUCACAGCAGAUGGAACAGCUUAAGAAUAUAAAUCAAGAUCUGAGGUCAAAGGUUUCUGAGUUGGAGCUCCGUCUUCAGGCUCAUGAAAAGGAUAUGAAAAAUCAGAUCAAUAAGUUCAGUGAAAUUCAAAGUCAACUCGAAAUGGCAAAGAAAGGUGUGGCAGAGAAGGACAAACUCCUGAACAAGUCCAGAGAUGAACUCACCAAGGCUACAGGCCAGUAUGAGCAGUCUGUUUCUAAGUGUUCAGCCUUCGAGAUUAAGCUGAAGCAGGUAACCGAAGAAAUGAACUGUCAGAGACAUAAUGCCGAAAGCAUGCAUCGAUCUCUGGAGCAGAAAAUCAAGGACCAGGAGAGAGAGAGUCAAAAGGAACUUGCACAACUUCAAAGCUCCCAUCAAGCUCUUGAUCAACAGUUCAUCCAGGUGAAAAAUAAGACGAGCAUGGAGAUCCAGCAAGCUAAAAAAGACUACAAUGUUUUGCAGUCAGAAAUGGACAAGGUAACUGCUCUAAAGAAUCGACUGGAAAAAGAACUGGAGGAGCUGAAACAGAAACUUCUUAGGUCUGAGCAGGCCUUACAAGCCAGUCAAGUAAAGGAGGCAGAGAUAAAGAAGAAAUUUGAUGAAAUGCAGAGAGAGAAAAACACUCUUAGUUGUCAGUUAGACCAAGAGAUGAAGAGGGUCAAACAACUCGAAGACGAAAAGCAAAAUACCGAGCAAAUUCUUGCCAAAAACCGCAUGAUGGUGGAUGAUUUAAAAGUAAAGACACAAACCCAGAGUGAGGAACUAACAGAGCUGUGCAAAAAAAUAGAUCGUCAAAGUGUAUCAUCUGCUCAAGAAUUGGAAAAUUCCAAGAAAACUCUGGCUGAAGCUGAAGCAAAGAAUAUGAAAACUCAGGCUGAGCUUCAAAAACUGGUUCAUGAAGUUGAACUCAAAGAAAAUAAGGUUUGUGCUGUGGAGAAAGAAAAUGAAGACCUCAAAAGGACCUCAAACUCCCAUCAGAAAGAACUUGCUGAGAUGAAGAAAGAGUAUGAAACUCUUCUGCAGUGGAAAACCGAAAAGGAACAGUUGAUAAACAACGCUGAAUCCAACCAUAAUGAAAUGCUAGCUAAAAUAGCAGAUCUGGAGAAAGACAAAGACAACCUAAGCAUUGUUCAUGAUGAUCUUCAGAAAAGGAUGCAAGAUUUAGGAAAUGAGAAGAUUGGCCUGUCUGGUCAGAUUGAUUCACUCAAAGGUGAACUGCUUGUAAAAUGUGUGGAGCUGGAAGAAAAAGGACGAGUGUAUGAGGAACUUCAACAGCAGUUUGGUGAGACACAAACAAAACAUAAGAAGGAGAUGGACAAUCUGAAUCAACAAAUCACUUUAACACAGGAGAAGGUGAGCGAGCUUAAAGCUAAACUGCUUCAAGAAACAAGCAAGUUAGAAGGAAUGGAACAAGCCCAUGGUCAACUGCUUGCAGAAUAUGAAAGUGCUUGCAUCCUGGCUAAGUCAAAGGACUCCAUUAUUGAAAUGAACAAAACUGAGAUUGUGCAUCUUCAGGAAUCCUUUACCUUGCGUGAUCAGGAAUUGGAGAAAUUCAAAGUGGAGAAAGACAUGUUGGCUAAAGAAUGUGAAGACCAUCUUGCACAAAACAAAGAGCUGGAACAGCAAAAACUAAACAUGGAAACAUCCUUGAUGGAGGUACUUGCAAAGAUUACCCUCUUGGAAUCAGACCUAAAAUGUCAAAAAGAUUUAAAUGCCGAAAUCCAAGGAAAGUAUGAUGAGCUUUCUCAAAUCAAAGAAGACCUAGUAGAGGAAGUGUCUUCAUUGGAAAAGAGAGAAAAUGAUCUUAAUAAUGAAGUUGAAAGUCUGUUACAAAAGAAUAAAUCCUUAUGUUCUCUCGAAGAACAGUUUAAUUGUCUUGUUGCUGAAGCAGAAGAAAUCAGAAGUUCCCUAGAAAAGGUAAAGGAACUACAAGUUCAGACCACCACGGAGCUGGAAAAUCAGAAGACAAUAGCUGAGAAUCUUGCAAUAGAUAUUGAAGAUGAGAAAAAUAAGGCAUUAAGCGUAGAGCAGGAAAACGCACAACUCAAAGUGAAACAAGAAGAAAUUGAAAAUAAAGCAAGUGAUCUUUUUGAGAAAUAUGAAAGCCUGCAAAAACUACAUGAUGCUGUUUGCCAAGAGAAUGCAAAUCAUCUUAAAGAGAUUUCCAUAAUAACAGAAGCACUUGCUGAAAAAUAUGCCAUGGCAGAAAGGAUUGCUUUAAUACAAACUGAACUUGAGGCCUCAAAUAAUUUGUCGGCCACACUGAAGAAUUCUUUAGUAAAUCUUCAGACACAGUUUGACUCUUCUGUAGAGCUAAUUUCGAGUCUGGAAAAAAAAUUGCAUGACAUGUCUGAUGAAAAAUCUUUAUUAGAGACCAGUAUCAAGGAGCUCACUGAGAGGCAUAAUAAAGAAUCUGAAGUUUAUGUCUCUGAAUUGGAAACUCAUCUUAAAAAACAAAAUAGUUUAGAGGAGCACAUUAGUGUUCUUGAAACAGAAUUACAGAACAAACUUCUGGAGGUGAAAAAUGCUUCAGAGAAACUGGAAGUAGCCACUCAAGAAAUGAUCAAGCUGAAGCAAGAUUUUAAGUUCUCUGAAAACAAAUUCAGUGCGGUCACUGAAUCCAAUCAGAAAGUUGCAAAGGAGCUUGAAGACCUAAAACAAAAUCUGUUUCUGCAAGAGCAGGAGAUGGAGAGUCUCAGGGUUGCUCUGUCAGAUUUGAAAAGCCAAGAAGCAGCAAAGUCCUGUGAGAUUGAAACUUUGAAAGAAAAACUUCAGAAGGCUCAGUCUGAGCAUGCUAAAACGUCAGAGACUUUGAAUGAAAAAAACAUCAACAUGAGCAAAAUCAAAGUACAGCUUGAAAUGUUGCAGAUGGAUCUUGAAGAUAAUGAAAACUGCAUUAAUUCAUUUGAUGCACAAGUAGAGGAGCUGCAAGGCAACAUUAGCAUUCUUGAAGCAAAAUUAAGUGAGAGUGAGGCCCAGAGGUCCACCCUAGAAUCAAAGCUUGAAUCUGCCAAAGAAGACUAUGUGAAGAGUUCACUUGAAGUGUCACAGCUAUCUGCUUGUUUGGAGGAAUCCCAGAAGGAACAACAGUCUCGUUCUGUGUUAGUUGCUGAGUUGGAGUCUCUCCAUGUAAUCCAUGAACAACUUAAAGUUUCCCUUGAGCAAGAGAAUUGUAAGCAAGCAAACCUCGAAGCAAUGUACACUAAUCUUAUUGAACAGAAAUUAAAGUUGGAAUCUGAAAUCCAGGAAUUAAAAGCAGAUACUCAGAGUUCUCAGAAGCAAAUUGAUCAAUUAAAGCAGGCAAAUGAUUGUCUGGUAUCUCAGAUUGCCGAACAGCAAAUUCACAUAGAACAGCUUCAAUCUGAGAGGAACCUUGCAGACACGCUUAACAAAGAGCAAACUUCAGGUGGGAAUGAACAAGGUAUUUGUGAAAUGCCGUUUGCCAACACAUUUCUUUUGCCCUUUGAGGAAGAUUCUGCUAUUCUGGGUAUGUCAUCACCUAAAGGGAAGAAUGAUUCACUAGAAGAGCCCAAAACACCAUUGUCUCCAGAAGAGGAUUACAAAGACUUUGCACUACAAGAGCAGAUGCAAAAUAAAUCCAGUGACAUUGAGGACAUGUCUCAUGUUAUUAAGGAGACUGUCAGAGCCAUGGAGGAGCAAACUGGGAUUAAAAUUGAGCAACUAAAAUUGCAGCAUGCUACAGAGCUCCAGAGCAUGGAGGAGCAAAUGCUCAAUAUAAAAAAUGAGUUGGAGGCCAAACUCAAAGAAGAAAAGCAACACACAGAGAUCUUGUCCUCACAGCUGGAGGCAACCAUGCAACAACUGCAAGAAUUAGACAUUGCAUCCUCCUCCUUGCUGGCUGCUGAAACCUCACAGAAUAUGGAAAAAAUUGCAUCUGAAGCACAGGAGAACAUAAUAUAUCAUGCUGAGAAGUCUGACUCCACCUUGGGUAUUAUCACAGAAAGUAAAAAUUCCAAUGUGGAAAUUGAAACACUUAGGGAAGUUCUAAGGAAGCGUGAAGAGGAGCUUCUACAUUUGCAGUCCCAGUUUGAAGUUUUGGAAUCCGAAAUGGCAAUUAGGAAAGAUUUGUGCUUGGACUUGGAAGGCAAAGUUUGUGAAAUGGAAAGUGAAAAGAAAAACGGCACUGACAAGUUGGCAUCCAUCAUUCAGGAAAACGAGAAACUGAACAAGCACAUUGGAGAUUUGAAAGAAGAGAUCGAUUCUUUAACACUACAGCUGCAGACCUCUAAUUGCCAGCUCACUGAUGUUAUGGAGAUGAUGGAAAGCUUAGAGAUGGCAAAAGGUGAGUGGAACGAGAAAUUUUUCCAGAUUGAGAGUGAACUGAAAAGGGUGCGUUCGGAGAAGGCCAAUUUAGAGAAGCACAUCCUAUCCAUGGAGGCUGACAUAGAGGAGAUGCAAGAACAGAAACAGAAGCAAGAGGCGGAGCUUGAAACUGCUAGAAGGACAAAUUGUAGCCUUGAACAACAACUUAAUAUAACUAUGGCAGAAGGUGGGCGACUUAAAGAAGAGCUGAUUUUAUGCACCGAUGAAAGAGAGAGUGAAACUCACUCCCUAAUGAAGUUGAAAGUAAAGGCUGAUCUUCUGGAGAAGAGAGAAACUGAUACAAAAGAACUUAUAAAAGAGCUAGAAGAUGACAUUAGGGAGGGGAAAAAGCAAAACGAGGUGGCGUCUGACCAUAUUAGUGUCCUGCUGAAAGAAAAAGAGCAACUGAUUCACCAAUCUCAAAACCUUGAGAAUAAAAUAGCUCUUUUGAAUGGAGACAAUGAACGUUUGUUAAGUGAAUUAAAUGACUUAAAACACAAUGACAGCUUCGCUUCAAGAGAGUCUGAAAACAUGUCUUCCAAAAUCCAUUCACUUGAGGAUGAGAACGUAAGAUUGUCCCAGUCACUUGAAAUGUCUCUUUUGGAGAAAGGUGAAAUAGCCUCCAGAUUGAUUUCCACUCAAGAGGAAGUGGCUCAGAUGAGACAAGGCAUUGAAAAACUGAAAGUACGAAUUGAAUCUGACGAACGCAAAAAGAAUCACAUGAGUCAGCUGCUCAAAGCUGCCCAAAGAAAGGCAGAUGUUCUUCAGGACAACAUUGAAAGGCUAGAGAGAGAAAAAGAACUUUCUGAGCAGAAUCUAGAGGAUGCUAUUCUUCAAGCAGAGACUGCCAAAGCAGAGCUUGAGGAAAUACAGGCUGAAACACAAGACCUUACCAAGAAAAUCGAAGAGAUGACCAGCGCGCUAAAAGAUCUCAAGGAGGAGAAGUGUAAACUUGAACAAGAGCUUCGUCAAAAAAACAAGCUAAUUGAGGAAUUGCAGUUGUCCAAUCAAGAAGCGUCUGAUAAGCUCAAAUCUGCAGAAGAGGCAACAGCGAACCAGCAGCAAAUGAUUAAGGACUUCCAAUUUAAAGUUGGCACCAUGGAGGAGGAACUUCAACUCUGUCGAACAGAGGUAGAAUCAAAGGAAGUAAAGGCGCUGGAGUUGGCCUCUCAGUUGCUGUUUUUGGAGUCUGAAAACAAAGAAUUCGCACAGAGAGUCCUUGAAUUUGAAAGAUGUCAGGAAGAGCUUCGUUCAUCCAACCAGUCCCUCUUGAAAGACUUUGAAAACAAGCAGCAGGAGCUUAGCGAAGAAAAUGUACAACUUCAGUCGCAAAUAGCUGAGCUGCAGGCACUCUCUUUAAUUCGAGAGGAGCGAGAUGAGGAGUUGCAAAAGGACAAGGUUGAGUUACAGUCUACCAUUGCACAGCUGGAAGAGAAGAUGCAGAUGAAGUCUACCAAGAUGGAGGUCAUGCAGAAAAGUAUAUCUUCUCUAGAAAUUAAUAUCCAACAGCUGGAAGGUCAACUUGAUGCCAUGAAGCUGAUGAACGUUGAACUUACAGGAAAGUUAAAUUCACUACAUGAGAGCAGUUUGCAUCUUGAGACGCAACAUAAGCAAGAGCUAUGUGAGGCUAAGGAAACUCAGAAUGCUUUGGAGAUUAAUCAGAAUCUGUUGACUUGUCAGCUGCAGGAGUCUCAAAAACAAAUUGAAGAGUAUAAGUUCAGCUUGGAAGCACUAACAGCUGAAAAAGAUGGCUUGCAGAAAAAUAUAUCUGUUAUUCAAGAAAGUCAUGAUGUUCAGUUGAAGGAAAAUAACAUGAGACAUGAGGAGAACCUGAAACACACACAGCAGCAGCUCGAGAUUGAACUUAAUGCACUGAAGGAAAAUAUGUUAGUGGCUGAAAAAAAGGCUGCCCAGUAUCAGUCAGACUUUGAGAGCAUCAAGUCUCAAAAUGCAGAGAAGGACUCUGGCUUAAAAGAGUUACAAAACAAAUUGGAAAAUUGUCAAAAAGAAAAGACCGAGUUAGACUCAAAGAUUGCACGCUUGUCCAAAGAGAAGGACAGUGCAAUGAGUAAGAUCAAUCUGUGGAUGAAGUCAUGCAAACAGCUGGAGGCUGAGAAACAGAAUCUUCAAGAAGAACUUCAGCAGCAGGGACAAGAGAUCGAAACUCUGAAGACCUCACAAAAACAAGCUGAUGGCAGCAGCAGUAGUGGCGCCCUGCAGGAAGAGCUAGAGGAGCUGAAAGAAGCUCUUGAAGAGAAGAGCCGCGAGGCGGACGACAGCAUGGACCGAUACUGCAGCCUCAUGGUUAAAGUUCACAAGCUGGAAGAAACCAAUGAAAGCCUCAAAAACCAACUCAAACAGCUGAGCACCCAAACAAAGACCCCCAAGAGCAGAAGAUCCCUCAGGUCUGAGAAGGGUGACCUGGAGAACAGUAACCCUGCGAGCGUUACAGCAGGAAAGAGACCGAGAGUAAUAGAUGACACUCCUAAUAAAGCACAGGAAGCUCUGCACAACAUCACCAAGCGACUCAAAGCUGCAGCCGCCACACCUAAAGCCAAACAAGACGAUGAGGAUUUCAGACCAGAGGGUCUGCCUGAGCUGGUACAGAAAGGUUUUGCAGAUAUUCCAAUUGGAGAGAUGAGCCCAUUCAUCGUUCGCAGGACUACAGCGCAGCGCUGCAGUCCUCGUCUGGCAGCUCGAACAACUGCAGCUCUACAGAGCUCAGGUUCAGCAGAACAUCCUGCGCAAAUCUCCACGCAGACAGCAGAGGGCAGAACACCAAACACGGUGCAGAAGCCCAAGGCCACACAGAGCAGAAAUGUGCCUUUAUUAUCUGCACUCACCAACAGUCCACUGAAAAACAGCUGUGAAAGUCUCGCUCCUGUUAUAGAGCAGAAAAUCAGCAGAUGCUCAAGAAGCUUCAAUAAGAGCCCGCAGACACCGGAACGGGUCAGUGCCUCUCCAAAACAAAACGACAACUGCCAAGUCCAGUGAUUUCUAGGAUGCGUGUGCUGGGUUUUCAGUGCUGUAUGCUGCAGAUUGUUUAUGCACUGGCUUUUUAGCUUUGUAAAUAUUCUUGAAGGGCAGCUGUUUUAUAUGUCUUCUAUUCUUCUGUCAUAUUUCUGUUUUUUCUGUCUUUUUAUAUUCUCUCUUUUUACUAUUUUAAAACGUGUAAAAGCAGAUGGUAUCUAAUGAACGCAGAAGAGCUCUGUCAUUUUAUUGUAUGUAUUAUAUUGACCUCAUUUCUGUUGAAAGCCGUUUCUGACAGAAUUUCUUUGUUUAAAUGGAAUCGUAGCUUCAUCUCACAAUUCUGAGCAAUUCAAUUUACAUCACAAAUACAUAAAACGGUUGUGAUAUG